UCGAUUUCGGGAUGGCAGUCCAGAGUCUAUGUGAUCACUUGGAAGCAGCGGGUCAACGGGAUCACCUUUCCAAUCCAUCGUUGCUUAUGGAGUUGGUGACCAAAUUGCCAGCACACAUCAAAAUGGAGUGGGCGAGUUUCUCAUUGCGAUAUCAAGUUGUAAACCUGAAGACCUUUGGAGAAUUCAUGACAGGUAUAGUGUCAUCCGUUAGUAGAGUCACCUUGUACUCCGGGAGCUACGGCGCAAAUUCUAUGGUGGAGAAACCCAGAUCGAGUCAGAGAGGAACAAUCAAUGCACACGUCGAUGAAAAGGAAAUAAAUCGAGAACCAAUAAAGCUGUGCUGCAUCUGCAAGAGGGGUGAUCAUCGUGUAUAUGAUUGCGGACUAUUCAAGUCAUUUUCAGUGGAUGGACGUUGGAAGAGUGUACAGCGUAAUGCUCUGUGUCGAAGCUGCCUGAAUGCACAUGGGAGAAGAAGCUGCCGCACGGCGAGUCGUUGUGGAAUUGGUGGCUGCGAGUUUCGCCAUCAUAAACUUCUACAUUCGGAUCGAUCGAGUCAUCCCGAGAAUGAGCCAUCGCUCAGAGCUACUGUGUCCGGAAAUUACUCCCACGGUUCCUUCGAACAAUCCUUGUUGUUUCGCAUAGUUCCGGUCAAACUGUACGGUUCUCGUUCCAGUAUCACUACCUUCGCAUUCCUCGAUGAAGGAUCGUCGAUCACUCUAAUUGAAGAGAAAUUAGUGAAUGAACUCGGCGUUAAAGGCAGGAGAGCACCGCUCUGUCUCUCAUGGACAGGAGACGUGACACGAAUGGAAUCGGAAUCAAAGAAAGUGGAGUUGAAGAUAUCCGGUUUGAACAAUGAGAGGAAGUUGCAGUUGGAAGAUGCACGUACAGUAAAGAAGUUGGCCUUACAUGGUCAGAGUCUAUGUUUUGAUGAUCUCGCGGCUAGGUAUGGUUACCUUCGCGGAUUACCAGUGGCCAGCUAUGAGAACGCAAGUCCACGACUGCUGAUCGGCAUCGACAACUUGAGUCUGACCGUUCCGUUAAAAAUGAGAGAAGGAAAAAUACAUGAACCUGUUGCAGUAAAAACCAGGCUAGGAUGGUGUGUCUACGGUGGCAAAGGUUCUAAGCAUACCCGUUGUUCAUUGAACUACCAUGCCUGUGAUUGUGCCUGUGAUCGGCAACUACACGAUGAAGUGAAGGAAUACUUCGCACUGGAAGAUGUCGGUACGAAGGUAAUCGGAGACUUGGAGUCUGCUGAAGACAGACGAGCUCGGAACUUAAUGGAACAAACCACCCGGCGAGUCAAUGGGAGGUUCCAGACGGGCCUGCUAUGGAGAUACGAUGUAAUUGAGUUUCCGGACAGUUUUAAUAUGGCGUUACGUCGGCUUGAAUGUCUUGAACGAAGAAUGGCACGGGAUCCGCUGCUGAAAGAAAAUCUUCAGAAGCAGCUGGUGGAGUACCAAGAGAAAGGCUAUGCGCAUCGGGCUUGUCGAGCCGAUUUAGCACGAUCAGACACGAAACGAGUAUGGUACCUGCCGCUUGGAGCGGUGAGAAAUCCCAAGAAACCUGAGAAAAUACGACUUAUAUGGGAUGCUGCAGCAACUGUGAACGGAGUGUCACUCAACUCAAUGCUUCUCAAAGGGCCUGAUCAGCUAACGUCUUUGCCCGCCGUUCUAUCGCGAUUCCGACAAUUUUCAGUUGGAGUUUCAGCAGAUAUAAAAGAGAUGUUCCAUCAGAUAAUCAUAUGUGAAGCCGAUAGACAUUCUCAACGAUUCCUAUGGCGUACGGAUCCCACGUGUGCGCCAGAGAUAUAUUUAAUGAAUGUAGCUACGUUUGGAGCAACUUGUUCCCCAGCAUCCGCUCAGUAUAUUAAAAAUACAAAUGCGAAGGAGUUCGUCGAUCGCUUUCCACGGGCAGUACAAGGUAUCCUCCAUAAUCAUUACGUCGACGACUUCCUGGACAGUUUCGAGAAUGAAGAAACCGCGGCGCAAGUAUCGGCGGAAGUUAGAAUGAUUCAUAGUCAAGCUGGAUUUCAAUUACGGAACUGGCAGUCAAAUAGUAAAAAUGUUCUAGCACGUCUCGGAGAACCUGCUUCAUCAGGGAGUAAAACGCUGAGCACUGACAAAACGAAGAAUCACGAACGAGUACUGGGCAUGCUUUGGCUGACAGAAGAUGAUGAACUUGGGUAUUCCACUCAUAUGUUAGACGAGAUCGAGAAAUUAAUCAUGGAAGGUGAACGUCCAACCAAACGACAGAUGUUGAAAUGUCUGAUGGGCUUCUUCGAUCCACUGGGGUUGCUGAGUAUGCUAUUGGUCCAUGGCAAAGUGUUACUCCAAGACGUAUGGCGGGCGGGCACUCAAUGGGACCAGAAAGUAGACGGCGACAUUUUUGAGCGUUGGAAUAGAUGGAUCUGUCGUUUGCAGAGUGUCGCUGAUUUUCGUGUCCCACGAUGUUAUUUUCUGGGAGCUACGACUCAGUGUUAUAAUCAGCUCCAACUACACAUAUUUGUGGAUGCAAGUGAGGUUGCCUAUUCUGCACUGGCAUAUUUUCGGAUUAUAAACGAUCAUGGAGUUCCUCAAUGUACUUUAGUAGCUGCGAAGACGAAGGUGGCACCUCUGAAGCAGCUAUCGAUACCACGUCUUGAAUUGCAGGCGGCGGUUCUAGGUACUCGGUUGAUGCUUUUCGUAAUGGAAAGCCAUACAGUCGCUGUAACAAGGAAAUAUCUAUGGAGUGACUCCGCAACAGUACUGGCAUGGAUACGAUCAGAUCAUCGCAGGUAUAAACAAUUUGUGGCCUGCAGAAUAGGAGAGAUUCUGACCGCAUCUAACGUUGACGAAUGGAAAUGGGUGCCUUCAAAACAGAAUCCAGCGGAUCAGGCAACAAAAUGGGGGAAAAGUACUGGUCUAGAUUCUGAGAGUGUUUGGUUCCGUGGGCCUGAAUUCUUGAGACAAUCAGAAACCAACUGGCCGCAGUUUGAAAUCGGGCCAGCAGUUACGGAGGAAGAACUACGUCCUUGCCAUCUUCAUCGAACCAUGAAGACGUGGGAACCAGUGAUCGACUGCCAUCGUUUUUCGAAGUGGGAGCGGUUGUUGAGAAGUACGGCAUACGUUUGGCGCUUCAUUGCCAACCGAAAGCGAGAGCAGAAGAAAUGCGGUAUCCUAUCCAGUGAAGAGCUUCAGAAAGCAGAAAUAACCUUGCUAAGAAUGGCGCAGUGGCAGGUGUUUCCUGAUGAAAUAGCUCUAUUGGAAGAUGGUCAUCAAAACGAAGCAGGCGUCUUACGAAUGGACGGUCGAAUUGGAGCGGCAAUCCAUGCUCCCGAAGAAAUGAAGUUUCCGGUAAUUUUGCCAAGGAACCACCGAAUCACUUUGCUACUUGUGAACGAAUUCCAUCGAAGAUUCCGACACGCAAACGCAGAAACCGUAGUGAGCGAACUUCGUCAACGUUUCUAUAUACCACAAAUAAGGUCAGUCGUGAGGAAGGAAACAAAAAAUUGCCAGUGGUGUAAAAUAAGGAAUGCCACCCCAAGGAUGCCUCGAAUGGCUCCUCUACCAUCCGCUAGAUUGGCUUCAUGUGUUCGACCGUUUACCUACACAGGGUUAGAUUUCUUUGGACCAUUAAUGGUGAAGGUCGGCCGAAGUAGCGUCAAGAGAUGGAUUGCGUUAUUCACCUGUCUCACCGUUCGUGCAGUGCACGUUGAAGUUGCCCACAGCCUUUCUACAGAUUCGUGUGUGAAGUGCGUUCGACGAUUCCUGUGUCGGCGGGGAUUCCCCGCAGAAAUUUACAGUGACAAUGGGACGAACUUCCAAGGAGCGGAACGAAUAUUAAAAGAACAACUCCGAGCAGUGCACGAAGGAUUAGCAGCCACAUUUACCAGUACAACAACCAAGUGGAUAUUCAUUCCACCCGCUGCGCCUCAUAUGGGUGGGGCAUGGGAGAGAAUGGUGAGAUCCGUCAAAACCGCCAUGAUAACUGCUUAUAAUAAUGAUAGAAAACUCGACGAGGAAUCGUUGCAAACAUUCGUGAUUGAAGCUGAGUCCAUAGUAAACAGUCGACCGUUAACAUACUUGCCGUUAGAUUCCGGAGAGAGUGAAGCUCUGACUCCGAAUCAUUUGCUCUUGGGAAGCUCGACUGGUGUACGUCAACCUUCGAUACUGCCGACAGAUUCUGCAGCUGCCAUUAGGAACACAUGGAACCAGAUUCAACAUCAACUGGAUAUUUUUUGGAGAAGGUGGAUUCGGGAGUAUCUUCCCACAUUGACCAAGCGAACUAAAUGGUUCGGAGAUACUAGACCAUUGGCCGUAGGAGAUCUAGUUCUUGUGGUGGAUGAGGCAAAAAGGAAUAGCUGGGAACGUGGGCGUGUGUUGGAGAUUGUAACAGCUAGCGAUGGAAGGGUACGACAGGCUACAAUCCAAACAUUGAGAGGGCUCUUGAGAAGACCAGUGUCCAAGCUUGCGGUUCUAGAUGUUGCAUGAGGUAAAACUGCACCAGUGAGCAGUGUUACGGGGGGGAGGAUGUUGCCACUGGGAGCACUGUUUGGGAAACGAGCGAAAAAGCUCAGCAUGGAAAGCUCGAGAACCGAGAACUGUCAGCGGUACACAAACAGAAAACAAAGCGAAGGUGUAUAGCAGAAUAGCGGAGAAAUUAUUAGAUUAUUUGGAAAGUAUAGUAGAAUAGUUAGUAGAGAUUGAAAUUGAUUUGAUUAGAUAGGGAUUAUUGAGUGACUGGCACAGUAAGUACAUAUAAAUAAGAUUUGGAAGCUGACAAUAAUGAAUUGUAAUUUGAAUAGGAUUGUCAGCCGAAGCAUUGCCGUCACGUAUUUGAAUUCAAAGAUAGAAGACCGAAAAAUGUAAGAUGAAAAUGCAUAUUGUU